CCUCAGAGAACAUUCAGGCUUCCUACAUGAGAACGACGCAGUUUGUAUCCGAACGUUAGUCCGUGCAACACAUCGGUGUCGUUUUUUUCCCCGGCUGCAUGGGACUGGACUGAUGCAGAGCUAGAAAAGGAGACACCAUCAUGACAAGGAUAAACCAUAAUUGUGCUUGCUGUGGGAAGUUCUCAGAGACCAAGUGCAGUGGUUGCCACAUCGUGUUUUAUUGCUCCAGGACGCAUCAGAAGGAGCACUGGAAAAAGCACAAGCCAUUUUGUUUCCCGAGAUUCAAGGUAAAGUGCCGUGAUUACGAUUGCCUCGAAUACUUUGAUUACUACUAGAUCAGCACAUGUUCCUUCGAGUCUUUGACAUUCACUUUGAACUUUAUUCUAGAAGACGAUUGAAGGUUCAUCAUACGGUGAGUAAUUGCCAGUGACGCAGAUAGGACUUUCAGCCUUGUGUUCAGCAUUAAAAUUCAUUCUUGCGUGGAAUUUUCCGUCAAAAUUUAGCACAUACUGUAAUUCAUCCAGAAGCAUGUACAUUUUUAGGUUGGAAAAUUGGCGAUUUUUCUGGGAAGAAUUCGAUUUGGCAAGUAAACCGCGAAAAUUAUUCUGCCACCCACGUUUAUCAAUGUUUCACGCAAAAGCUCUUUUUAUUUUCAUGAUCCAAAUUAGUCAGAAAAUUAAUUCGAUGCGUCUCAUAAAUUGCAUCUGCUGCGCGUGGAAACUAAUAAAUCCGUUUGGCAACUUUCUUGCUGCGUGGAAAAAGGUGCAGCGGUCUGAAACCCUAGGAAGACACUUGAUUGCCAACAAGAAGAAAUUGCACGCCGACGAGCUGAUUUUCCAAGAAAGUCCGAUCGUUUUCGGACCGCAGUCGAAAGGAGGGCCGGUUUGCAUCGGGUGCACGCGGGAACUCAAAAGAGACCCGAAAACGUGCGAAAAAUGCGGGUGGCCCGUCUGUGGUACUUCGUGCUCCAUGCUCCAAGUGCACCAAGCUGAAUGCGACAUUUGCACACCCGCCGCGGAAAAGAUCAAGGCUUACGCGAAUUCGAGAGUUUCUGAUUGGAUGUAUGACGCCAUUCUGCCCAUGAGGAUGCUUCUCCUCAAGAAUUCGGCACCAGAAAAAUGGAAGAUGAUAGAAGAAAUGACGGAUCACAUCGAUACAGUUGAAUCCCGCGGAGAUGACCUGGCUCGUCACGUGGAAAAAUUGACGAACUUCUUGAAGAAUACUAUUUUCAAGGAUUCCGAUGUGACCGAGGCAGACGCCAAGCACGUGAUCGGGGCAGUUGACGUCAACGGACUGGAAGUGAGGAAAGAGGACUUGGAUUACCUGGCCAUAUACCCGUACGCCAUCCUGAUGGAACACAGCUGCAUUCCCAACACGAAGCACACCUUCGAGAACCAUACCCUCGCCAUCAGCGUUCGGGCUGCAGUGCCCAUUGAACCCGGCGAUCAUUUGACCACCAUGUACACGCACGCGCUUUGGGGCACGGCUGUCCGCCGUCGUCACCUUUGGACGACGAAGAACUUCUGGUGCUCGUGUCCCAGAUGCGCAGAUUCCACGGAAUUCGGAACCUGCAUGAGCGCAUUGAAUUGUCGCGGAUGCGGAAGCCCAGUGUUACCCAGCAACCCUCUGGAAGAGACGUCGUUGUGGAUGUGCUCGACGCCCGGCUGCAAGACCCCGGCACUGUCCGCAUCCCGGGUCGAGGAAAUAACCUGCCAAUUCGGCCAGGUCGUGAACGAGGCCCUCAAAGCGGACGUUUCCGUGACCUCGCUGGAGGCGUGCAAAGCCAAGUACAGCUCCCAGUUCCACGAGAACCAUUUUCACAUGCUGACGCUGAACCACACGUUGUUGCAAGCGUACGGAAGGGACCGGAACGUGGCCGAUAUUUGCACAACGAUGGAACACGCCGAGAAGAAAUUGGCGCUUUGCAACAAGUUGAUUCCUUUGUUGAACGUCAUAGAUCCGGGUGCCUCGCGAUUGGCCAUGUACACCGCUGUGGUCUACUUCGAAUUGCACGCGGCACUCGUGGACAAGUACAGAUACUGGCAGGACGUGAACAAGAAGCAAACGCUCGGCGAAAUCCUCGAGGCCCUGACUCGCUGCCAAACUAUUCUGCGCGACGAGCUGGAUGACCCGAGUGGGGCAAGGUUAAUGGACGUCGUUAGUGCAGCAUUCGCGAACCUUGAACAAAGGCUCAAAGGGCAGAUGUGAAAACUACGCUCAGGAGAAAAAAAUCAAUAAUUUACGACGCAUGCUGAUGAUCAUCCAGAUUUUUCGCUUUCUUGAAGCGUUGGUUUUCGAUCAAAAUUAUGGUAGAAAACACGUUCGCUGAAGACUUCAUUUCAAACCCUGAUGCGUUAUAGAACCUGAAUUCGUUGUUCGGUGAUCACCAGUUGGAUUCGAACAAAACCCUGUUGGGUCAAUCGAUUCAGUUCCCCCCCCCCCGGGUUUUUUUCCCCCGCG